AUGCCCCUUAGACCGGGCGCAAUGCAAGUGACAGUGGUGAGUAUUGUCUUAGCCAUUUUCUCGCUUGUUUUCCUUGGUUUGAGAUUAUGGUCCAGACAUAUUUUACAAACCACACUCGCUUUUAAUGAUUAUAUGGCAAUUGUAGCAAUGAUUCUCACCGGUGCUAUGCUCUCCACCCUUGUUUUAGCUAGCUUCAUUGGUGGCCUCGGAUACCACGUGGAGGAACUUUUGAUGACAGCCCCUUUACUCUAUGAUCGCUUCUUAAAGUUAUUUUUAGCUGCAGAGAUACUCUGGGCAGCAGCAAAUUCAAGUGUCAAGUUUUCAAUUCUCUCCCUUUAUACAUCUAUAUUCCCUAAUCCGAAGUUUGCUUACAUCUGUUAUGCCACUAUGGUCAUCAAUAUGGCUUACCUAGUCGGCGUAACCUUACAAACUUUUCUUGUCUGCAAACCAUUCCCGUACACCUGGGACAAAAGUAUUCAAGAUGGAAAAUGUACAGGGCAACUUAUGGCAUUCAUCGUUACUGGUAUCAUCAACCUCGCUCUUGAUAUUUUUGUAGUGUUGUUGCCAAUGCCAAUGCUGUUCCAAUUAAAUAUGUCAUUGGCGAGGAAAUCCGUAAUCGUCAUAAUGUUUAGUGUUGGCGCCGUUAUCUGGGUUGUCUCUUUAUUGCGCAUUGUUACGCUCUUCAAACUUGACAUAGAGGAUCCAACAUAUUCCGCUACUACAAACAAUAUUUACUCUGCCUUGGAGCCAGCUCUUGGAGUUAUCAAUGCAUGCGUCCCAACUAUUAAGCCCGCUAUAAAUAGGCUCACUAGUCUCCGUCCGGAUCGGUGCACUAGGAAAGGAGUCAGUGUUGUGAUUACAUCCGGCCUAACAGCAACUGGAGAGCGCAACACUUACCUUUCAACACACGAUGGCUUGAGUGUUCAUUACCCAACCAUCGAAGACGCGAUUCCCACACAUAGUGCUCAUGAGCUACAUCGUUUGGGUGGAAGCUUAGGGAGUACAGAUGGGAUUACCAUUACCCGACAAUGGGAAGUGACAAUGGGAAGUCGAUCAUACCCAUAA